GUAGGAACCUCUUGAACUUUCGUUUCAAUCCCUAUAGCAGACGCGGAGGAGAUAAAGGAGAAGAAGGGUGUAUGCUAAGCUAUAGCGGACGAUGAUCCAGGAGGAUAACUAGCUUGGCGGAGAAGAAAAGAUGAUUGUUUUUAAUUAAUGGAACGGCACCGUAUUGGCACCGGCAUACCAUGCACAUUCGGAACUAGUUCUCAAACAAAAAAAAAUACUAGUAACUGUUAAUUUGUAGGAAAUUUCCAUUUUUUCUUCUCCGUCGCUGGUCUUCCAACAAUUCUACUGACAAAUUCGGAAUCCUGAAGCCGUGGAAUCACUCCUCCGCGCAGUCGAAGAGGCCACGCUCUGCACCGCCGCCAAAUCAGUCUCUGCCUCCAUCACGAACUGCUGGCUCGCGCAUGCCGUUUCACCACUAUCGCCGGCCACGAUCCCUAUUACUAUGUGGGUAUUGCACACUUUGCCGGACUGCCUCUAGUUUACUGCGUGUAAGAAGUGGUCUUGAUGCUUUUAUUAAUGUGGGCAUGAAAUUGUAGGAAUAUUGUGAUGUGUCAAUAAUUCAAAAAAAAAAAAAGAACCCUAAUUUAUAUUGUUGUAGAAGUAUUGAAAAUUUUGGAUGCAACUCCAUGAUGAAGCCUCUGGCUCUACCGAUCUUACUCUUCGUCCUGCUCUUCCCCUCUCAACUGUAUGUUUACUCCAUUCAAAUCCUAUCGAAAUCAAAGCUCCAAAAAUGUGAGAAAGUCGCUGAUUCAGACCAACAACUCAAUUGUACCAACAAGAUCGUGAUCAACCUAGCCGUUCCCAGCGAAUCUAGUGGAAAUGAGGCUUCGAUGGUGGCCGAGAUAGUGGAAGUGGAAGAGAACGCGACCAACAUGAGGACGCUUAGGGUUCCUCCGUCUGUGACUGUCCAAAAAUCUGCUGCGUUUGCUUUGUAUGAAUUGACAUACAUAAGAGAUGUUGCUUACAAACCACAAGAGCUGUAUGUUAAGACAAGGAAGUGUAAGAGUAAUGCUGGGGCAGAUGUUGUCCAGAUAUGUGAAAGGUUGAAAGACGAGAAGGGGAACACUAUAGACCACACUCAGCCUACCUGUUGCCCUUGUGGUGGUCAGCGCAGGGUUCCUUCAUCAUGUGGAAACUUUUUUGACAAGAUGAUGAAAGGGAAGGCAAACACUGCUCAUUGUCUUCGAUUUCCAGGUGAUUGGUUCCAUGUGUUUGGCAUUGGGCAUCGCUCAGUUGGAUUUAGUAUUAGAAUUGAAGUCAAGACGAAAUCUCAAGUUUCAGAAGUGACUGUUGGACCUGGCAAUAGGACAGCUGCCUCUGUUGAUAAGUUUUUAAGAGUGAAUCUUGUUGGAGACUAUGUUGGAUAUUCAGAUAUUCCAUCUUUUGAGGAUUACUACCUUGUUAUCCCUAGACAGGGGGGUGCUCCAGGUCAACCAGAAAAUCUGGGGAGCAAUUACUCCAUGUGGAUGCUGCUUGAAAGAGUGAGGUUCACUCUGGAUGGUCUUGAAUGUAACAAAAUUGGUGUUGGUUUUGAGGCCUUUAACUCACAGCCUGAUUUUUGCUCAGCUCCAUAUUGGAGUUGCUUGCACAACCAACUAUGGAACUUUUGGGAUGCAGAUCAGAAUCGAAUCAGCAGAAAUCAGGUGCCACUGUACUGUGUUCAAGGAAGGUUUGAGAGGAUCAACCAACAUCCAAAUGCUGGAAGUCAUGCAUUUUCCAUAGGAAUCACUGAAGUUCUCAAUACCAAUCUCUUGAUUGAACUGAGUGCUGAUGAUAUAGAGUACGUCUAUCAAAGGAGCCCAGGGAAAAUUUUGGACAUCACUGCUCCAACAUUUGAAGCUCUUACUCAAUCAGGGACAGCAACAAUCACAACUAAAAAUAUUGGAGAAGUAGAAGCGUCCUACAGUCUGACGUUUGAUUGCUCAGGCGGUGUCAGCCAAAUGGAGGAACAGUUCUACAUAAUGAAGCCAAAUGAAGUUGUUACUCGAGCAUUCAAGUUGAACCCAUCAAGUGAUCAAGCAGCAAAUUAUCUAUGUUCUGCAAUACUUAAAGGCUCUGAUUUUAGUGAAGUUGAUCGAGCUGAGUGUCAGUUCUCAACAACUGCCACAACAUUAGAUAACGGAACACAGAUACCAUUCCAACCCCCCAAGACAGGCCUACAUGGUUUCUUUGAAACACUCAAAGAACUAUGGCACAAGUUGUUGGAAGGUUUGACAGAUUUUUUUACAGGAGAAAACUGCAGAACGAAAUGCUCUGGGUUUUUCGAUUUGAGCUGUCAUGUUCAGUACAUAUGUUUGAACUGGAUAGUGUUGGUUGCUCUACUGGUGGCCAUUUUCCCAACUCUGAUGGUUUUAAUAUGGCUUCUUCAUCAGAAAGGAGUGUUUGAUCCUAUAUAUGACUGGUGGGAAGAUCACAUUUCACCACUUUCUCCUCCUCCUCCUCAUCAUCACAAUCAACAAGUGUACUUAAAGAGAAGACAUGAUCCCCAUCACCACCACCAUAAGCAUCAUCAUCAUCAUUACCGAGGAGGGAGAAUGACUAGGCAUCCAACAGAAACUGGCGAGGCAGAUUACCACUAUUUUCUUCAUCAUGUUCACAAGGACAAAGACAAACACAGCAGAGCCACCAAAAGUUCAUUAAUGGCUGCAGAGAUGAUGGUCGAGAAGCAAGCUCAUGGUGCGAGUGAUCUGAAUAAGAAUGGUGGUACACUUGUUGCUCCUGCCAUUCAUCAUCAUCAUCGUCAUAGACGUCGAUCAUCAUCGUCAAACAGGAUACUACAUGGAGAAAGAAUAAUGUUGGAUGGACACCACCAUAAAAGGAGCAUUGCUGCUAUACAUGAUCAUCAUAAGAAGCACCGCCAGAAGCUGAUGGAAUAAAAAACAGCAUUGCUUCUAGCCUUCACAUAUUUCAAGGAUGUUCCACCUAGCUACUAUGGUACUUGUAGAGUUGUAGUAGCUUGUCUUUUUGUAAAUAGACAAGGGAUCUGAUUUAUGAACAAAGCGAACUAGUUUAUUGAAGUAUAUCUCGCUAAAUUGGCCAAUUAGGCUGCAAGGCCAAAGGCUUUGAAAAAAUUAAUUAUUUUAUUAUAAUUAGCCUAUUUAGCAAUAUAUAUUUAAUGUAAUUCCAGUCACCGUCUAUUUAACUCAAUUCUCUUGAUACUAUUAUGUUCACUCU